AACUUAAAAGUAUUAAAAUCAAACCACAAUUGGCACAAAGUGAAUGGUUCUUUAGAAGUCGUCAGCGCACUUCCAAGGUUACCAAAGACACCAACAAAAGGAUGGACAAAGAAACCAAAAAGGACAAAUACAAACGACAAAGAGAUUUUAGAAGAAGACACUUCUUUACUAGACGUUCUACCAACAGAGGUUGUUGAAGCCGGUGGAAACAAUGCAGAAUUGUUGUCGUGCACUUAUGACCAUUUUGUAGUUGAAGAAAUCGUAAAUUGCAACACAGAUGAAGAAAUUUGGGCCAAUGCAUUGAUAGAUGUUAUUGAUCAAGUAGACGAUUUAAAUGACAAUGAAAACACCGAAGAACAUGCGUUUGAAAUGAUUGAAAACCUCUGCAAGGAACAAACGGAAAUAUCUGAAAAUACAAACAAUGAAGAGACUGAUAGGAUAAAUUUACAUGGACAGGAUUACGACCGGAUUCUAGGAAUGCUUCAAACGGACAAGAAUGCCAACAAAACAAAAAAAUGGGACUCGGAAAACGCUGAAACUGUUCAGAAAAUGUUGUCAUGUGACAACACUUUAAAAAUUGCACGGGAUGUAGAUUUACGAGUUGUUGUUCGAUAUCUGAAGCAGUGUAAAAACAUUAUCAUUAAGGAGUAUGCGACAAAAGCUGUCAAAUUAUCUGAACUCACAAAACACCUUAGUCUAAAUGGUGAAAUAAAAGAAAAUACGCAUAUCAAAGCCUCACGAAAUAAACCAAAGGACGUGAAACCGCUUUCUAUCCUUGCCGCAUCGGCGUUGAAAUCAGUCCCAAAAAAUGUCCUUAACAUAUCAUUUGCCGAGUACAUAUGGCCAGAUCGCUUAGAACAAUGGCAGAAGAACUCACCUACAGACGGCAUUGAUGUCACUGGUUUUGAAAAACCAGAUUUCUUUUUCUACGUACCAGAAUAUAGUUUAACACGUCAUCAACUGGAGGUGAGAUCAAUCGACUCCACACACCUUCUUACAAGAACCAGACGAAAAACCUGUAAAGGUGGCAUUGAAGGUUUUACAAAUGAGCCAUGGUUAAAAGUUGCUCGGCAAGGCAAGUCAUUGUUGACGCCAGCUAUGGUGGAAGAAAUAGUUGAUCCGAUGUCGAUGAGUAUGGCAAAUACUCACUUUAGCCAAGCUGUUCAAAACGCAAUGCAAGAAAAUGGUGAUUUUCGUGCUGCCUCAUUAUGUGCCGAUAUCCUAGACUGGUGGCGUGCUGAAGAUGAAGCUGGGAUUUCCGCAACAGAGAGAAUGUCAAUGAGGUUUAAGCUUCGUCGAAGACUUCUCGGUCUCAUUAAUUUUGGAGAAUUUCCACCUCCCGGACAGUAUGUAAAAGGCUGGCCGACACAAUUAUUUGAAGCAUUGUUGGCAAAUAUAGACGCUAAACUUCUUCUUUAUUCGUUGUGUAAGAGUGGAACAUAUAACAGUCGAGCAUUUAGUUCAAUGAUGGGAGAAACCUUCUUCUCUGAGAUGACUCACCAAGAUCGAGCUGGCCACGGAGUAAUAUCAUGUGACGAAUUCUCCAAGUAUAUUGGGAAAACUACAGAACAGUUACAAGCCCGACUUGACACAUCAAGAACCUUUGUGUACCGGACGUCGACGAAAGUGAAGGCUUACGAUCCGGUGUCAAGUGAUAUGAAUUUGGAGGACCUGCCAUUGAAUGAUUACACUACAGAGUCUUUGGACAGCGACAGGUUUCAUAUCCGUCACAUUAAACUAAAAGAUCACUUCUUUGAUUCGGAAGAACGACGCCGUCGGGCCGGGACAAGGCGCCAUGGCACAGUUUCUACCAACAGGAAUGCUCUUCAAAAAGGUUCACUUGGCGUGCGUUGGUAUCGCGCCCGAAGGGACGAUUCCAAAUUAUUACCAACAAAAAAACUAGGAAUAUAGGAUCUCAUGAAUGUCAUAAUUAAUAAGAGAUACAUACACGGAAAAUUGUAUUUGUUGCUUUAAAAUACUGCAUGGACAACAUUUGCCGAAUUAAGUAUUUCUUCAUAAUUUAAAACGCAAUGAUUUACUUGUUUGUUGAUUUGUGAUAUGAGUUGUUAAAACAUCGAAAUUGUAAAUUUAAGAACAUGAAGUAGUCAACAUCUAUCAAUUGAUUGGAAAAGUUUAUUUAAGAAUAUCAUGUACAUAUUUUAUCAUAAAAAUCAAUUUGCUGCCAUUCCAUGGCACAUAAAACAUUAUAAAAAAUAUGAAAACAAUAAUCACAGUGAUUUGUAUCAACACUUUUACCAUAUCUUGGUAUGUUUUCGAUUUUUAUUACUUAAAAUAACAAAAGAAAAUAAAUCGAAAAACAAUAAUCACAGUUAUUUUUAUCACAACUUUUACCAUAUCCUGUACGUUUUAUUACUUUAAAUAACAAAAUAAAAUUAAUCAGAA